UAGCCGGGCUCGAUCAGCCGCGAACAGUCACGAUGGCUCGAAUUCACAAGCUUAUUCUCACCCUCUGUGCAAUCAUCCCCAUAGUAAUCGGGCAGUGUACUUUACAGAGAGCAGAAGUCCUCUUCAGAAGAUCAGUAUACGAGUUCUCCGUGGAUCUAGUCAGAAGAAUCGCCGAGGACAAUGAAGGCCAUUUUAUUGCCUCAACUCUCUCACCCUGGACUCUCCUGUCAGCAGUAUCCUUAGGAGCAGCAGACGACACCCUCUCUCAAAUCCAGCAAGUCUUAAAACACCACCGCCACAAAUGCUUCAACAACAAAUACUUGGAACUGGCAAAGCAAAUCGCCUCCUCAAGCAAUGGGGCUACCCUCGAGCACAGUUCCAAUCUCUUCAUGGAUCACUCAAUGAUACUCAAAGAAAGGUUCAGAAAUCAACUGACCAAAACCGGCGUUUGUGACAUAACUCCUUUAUCUUUCGACGACUUCAACAGGGCGGCUGGCAUCAUAAAUAAUUACGUAAAAGAAGCCACGCAUGGUGUUAUCGACGAAAUUAUAUCACCCAGUGAUUUGGAAGGAGUGUAUUUGAUUAUGGUAGAUGCGUUGUACUUUAAAGGUUCGUGGCGUAAGGCUUUCUUGCCUGAAGAAACAGAAGCGAGUACCUUCUACGAUGCUCAUAGGAAUCCUAUCGGAGAAGUGAAUUUGAUGUUCGCUAACAACGAAUUCAACAUUACUACGAUUGACGCGAUCGAAGCUACAGUCUUGGAGCUGCCGUAUGGACAUGACGACAGGUUUUCUAUGUUGCUAUUCUUGCCGAACGAUGAUGUGCCCCUUAUAAACGUGAUUGGGGCCUUGAAAAAGAUCAGCCUUGGUUCCAUAUUUGGACUGUUCCAAAGGGAGGGAGGGCCGAAGAAGGUGUUUGUUCAGAUUCCGAGGUUCAAGAUUACGAGUGAUUUGGAUAAUUUGAAGGAGCUUUUAAUUGAUAUGGGAUUGAGGGAUAUGUUUGACGCUAACAGGGCGAGAUUCCCUGAGAUUUCGGAUUACCAGCUGCAUGUUUCUAGCUUCAUCCAGAAGGCAGAUGUGGAAGUGACAGAGGAAGGGACGGUGGCUGCAGCAGUGACUGAGAUGGGUUUCUCUUUCAGGAGUUCAGUCCAGGCUGAGAACUUUUUGGCAAACAAACCCUUCUUCUUCAUGAUUGUGGAUAGGAAAACUGAAGUGCCAGUCUUCAGUGGAGCCUACUCCAAGCCCAAACUUUUUUAGGUUAUUUUGUCAGUGAAUUACUGUAGGUAGGUACAAAAGUACCGUUACUUUAAAUAAAUAUGACUCAAUAUUAAUGUAAAAGAAUAUUUUUAUUACAAUGAUUGCACCACCGAAAGUUUGUUUU